UAUCACGACUCUUUAGAGGUGUAUUGCUUUUCGACAACGACAAAUUGCUCUCCUUGCUUGUAUUGGUAAUAGCAUACUGUAAUUAUGAGAUAAUAAUUUUUUGGAGAGAAAUUCUGGCAUCUGGAGCACGCUCCAAGUCAUGGGUAUCAAAGGAAUUUAUGGAGAAAUUGGUCCAGGGGAGAGAAUUUCCCUUUCAAAACUGGCUGUUGAGAAGUUGGAGAAGGAAGGUCGACCAUUAAGAGUGGCAAUCGAUGUGUCCAUCUGGCAAUUCCAGACUCUAGCAGGUCAAGGAGGAAGCAACCCCGCAAUUCGUACCUUCUACUAUCGUCUUCUUCGACUACUUUCAUUCUCCGUACAGCCUCUUUUUGUCUUCGAUGGGCCUCAUAAGCCACCUUUUAAGCGCGGCAAGAAGACAGGUCAUCAUGGCGCCUGUGUCCCAAAUCUUAUGACGAAGCAAAUGCUUGCUUUGUUCGGCUAUCCUUACCAUAUGGCUCCUGGAGAAGCUGAAGCUGAAUGUGCUUUGCUGCAAAGAGAUGGAAUUGUGGACGCUGUUCUUAGCGAAGAUGUCGAUACUCUCAUGUUUGGAUGUGGCUUGACCUUUAGGAAUUGGUCCUCUGAAGGCACACGAGGGAACAAAUCUCCCACCCACGUAUCAGUGUACGAUGCCAAAGCAACCAAAGAGGGCAAAUCUGGACUCGACCGAGAAGGAAUGGUUCUAGUCGCCCUUAUGAGUGGUGGUGAUUAUAUAACCGAGGGCAUUCCGCAUUGUGGUAUCAAGGUUGCAUGUGAAGCUGCUCGAGCAGGUUUCGGAAACUCCUUGUGCAAGUUGGCAAAUAACGAUGUCGCGGGUAUAGCAACUUGGAGAGGUAAUUUAGCCCACGAAAUCCGAACGAACGAGAGCAAGUAUUUCCGGAUUAAACACAAGACAUUGACCAUCCCGGAAAACUUUCCAAACCGAGAGGUGCUGGGGUAUUAUACCAAUCCAGUUGUCUCCUCGGCACUCAAAGUACAGAAAAUGAAAGAUGAGAUCGUAUGGGAUGGAGAGAUCGACAUUCAAGGUCUUCGACAGUUUGUGGGCGAAGCUUUUGAUUGGACCAACAAGAUAGGAGCGAGGAAGUUCAUUCGAAAUCUUGCUCCUGCUCUUCUAGUCCACAAACUUCGUCUAAGAGGCGAUCGAAGAGAUUCUGGCUAUGGUGAUCUAGUACUCACAGCGAUGAACGAGAUGGAGCUUGUUCGCGCUAUUUGCGGCAACAGGAACCACUUCACUGUCGAUUGCAUCAAGGAACUGAGAGUGGUCUAUUCGCCAAUCGAUAUUGUUGGAAUUGACCUGGAUGCCGAACAUGAUGAUGCGGUAGACUUUGGCAGAAGUGGUCUGGCCACCAAUAAUGCUGAUGAUGGGGAUUUAGAUGUGUCAGACAGAGAUACAUCAAAGAGCCCAGGGAGACGAGGGCCAUCGACCUAUGAUCCCACUCAGCCGGACAAGCUAUGGCUGCCAGAAACGAUUGCGAAGCUUGGUGUGCCAUUGAAAGUAGAAGACUAUAAAGAAUCUCUGCGAAAUCCAAGGAAAUUCCUCAAAGCGAAAGCUGCUGCCAAGAAGGCAGCCAUGCCCAAGGGUGCUAUGGAUAAGUUUGUAGCCGUUACCAAGCCCACCAAACAGAACGAGAAGUCAGAAGCUUCCAGAGAGCUAGCAGAAUCUCCUGAGCCAGAUCUGCCUCCAGUAUAUCUUGCGCCUAGGUUGAGACCACAACAACGCUCACAAUUUUUACCAACAACUAAGGCCAGCAGAGCUGCAAUAGUUGACGAAUCCGCACGAACAAACACCGACUCUCUUGCAACAAAACCAGCGAAGACAACCACAAGGAUUCGAAACAAACCCACAGCUACCACAAAACCACAACCCAACACCAAUCCAUGGACCAUAGCCCGAGCAAGUUCAUCCCCUCAGAACCUCCCAAAAGUCACCAAGAACACUGUCACUCCAUCAUCCACCCCCGUAGCAAUCUUCAGGCCCCCCUCGCCAUGCUACAUCACAUCCAGCAGCCCACCUGCUCCUACACCCCUCUCACCACGCUCACCAAACCUCUCUCUAAUACCAUCAAACGGGACAAAACACCAACACUCCCCCAUUCCCUCUCCUACUCCAUCUCCAGAGCCAAAUCUCGACCUCCCAAACACAGUAACAAUCACCAGACCCCGCUCCCGCCGAACUCAAGACCCAUCUACACCCAGCAAGACCCGGGAUCCGGACCAUCCUUCGCCUAGGAAGAGAGUUUCGCCCGAUCACCCUGUUUCGAUCCAUUCCCACACCCCUGAACCCGUGGCUAGACUCCUCAACUUCUCCGCCUCGAAGAAUACUCAGCAUACAGAGACAGAGAACCACAGGUCCCAAACCUCAAGUCCCGAGCUCCCAUCCCUGGCCGAAUUACGCUCCUCCUCUUCUGCUUCUGCUUCGGUCUCGAUGCAGAGUUCUAGACCAACGACGGCUGAAUCAUUCGAGCUGCGAGGAAGAGUAGAAAUGAAGAAGAAAAAGAAAUUCAUCAUGCCAAGGAAGAGUUUAGCUGGGGCGUGGAAAGAGAUUGAGGUUGAUGCCGAUGAGGAUGAGGAUGAUGUUUUUGGAGGUGAGAAAGUAGGGAAGGGAGAAGAGAGGGAGAGGAGGUGGAGGUUGAGCGAGGUUGAGGUUGUGGAUUUGAGUGCGGAUUAAGGGAGGGAGGGGAUGUGGGUUGAGACUGGAGUUGGAGUAAGUGUUGAUGGGGAGUUAGGAGUUAUAGAUUUGGCUGGACUAGAUUGGAUGAUAAUUGAAGAAC